AUGUCCGACAAUAAAUAUUUUGCAGAAGGAUCGUCAAGUUUUUCAAAUGUUCGGCAACGAACAACACCAAGCCGUUAUGAGUCACAGAAAAGAAGGGAUUGGACCACCUUUGGCCAUUACCUCAAGAGCCAAAGGCCCCCAGUUCCACUCUUCCAGUGCGAUUGCAGUCAUGUAUUGAAUUAUCUCCGAUAUCUUGACCAAUUUGGAAAGACUAAAGUUCACCACCAAGGAUGUAUGUUUUAUGGACAGUCGGAGCCUAGUCCUGCACCUUGCAUUUGCCCACUUAGACAAGCUUGGGGUAGCCUUGAUUCUCUUAUUGGGAGGCUCAGAGCUGCUUAUGAAGAGAAUGGAGGUUCCCACGAGGCAAAUCCUUUUGCUAGCGGUGAAAUCCGAGUUUAUCUUCGAGAGAUAAGAGAGUUUCAAGCUAACGCAAGGGGGUUGCCGUAUAAGAAGAAAAAGAAGAAGACUAUUAAUCAAAGUGUGGGAAGCGAAGAACCAAGUUGA